CGAAGUCGGGGCGAGGGAUGCCUCCGCUGGACCCCGCGGGUCUUGGGUUGCGAGCGAGGAAUGGCGAACGUGCGGGUGGCCGUGAGGGUCCGGCCUCUCAGCCAGAGGGAGACCAAAGAAGGAGCAAGAAUUGUCGUGGAAGUUGAUGACAAAGUGGCAAAAAUUAGGAAUUUAAAGGUGGACAGUCGACCAGAUGGCUUUGGAGAUUCCAGGGAGAAGGUUGUAGCAUUUGGCUUUGACUACUGCUACUGGUCAGUGAGCCCAGAGGACCCUCAGUAUGCAUCUCAGGAUGUGGUGUUCCAGGACUUGGGGACUGAAGUGCUAUCUGGAGCUGCCAAAGGCUACAACAUAUGCCUUUUUGCCUAUGGGCAGACAGGCUCUGGGAAGACAUACACCAUGCUGGGGACACCGGCCUCUGUUGGGCUGACACCAAGGAUAUGUGAGGGCCUCUUCAUCAAGGAGGAAGACUGUGUCUCAUUGCCCUCCUCCUGUAACAUAAAAGUAAGUUUCCUGGAAAUCUAUAAUGAACGGGUACGAGAUCUGUUGAAACAAUCAGAUAAAAAAAAGUCCUAUACCCUUCGAGUCAGGGAACACCCAGAAAGGGGUCCCUAUGUACAAGGUUUAUCUGAACAUGUUGUUACCAACUAUCAGCAAGUCAUCCAGCUCCUGGAGGAGGGGAUAGCAAACAGAAUCACAGCAGCCACCCAUGUUCAUGAGGCCAGCAGCAGAUCCCAUGCCAUCUUUACUAUUCACUACACUCAGGCAAUCCUAGACAAUAACUGCCCCUCUGAGAUGGCUAGCAAGAUCAACCUUGUGGACCUGGCAGGCAGCGAAAGAGCAGAUCCCAAUUACUGUAAAGAUCGGAUGACUGAAGGAGCCAAUAUCAACAAGUCUCUUGUGACUCUGGGAAUUGUCAUCUCCACCUUAGCCCAGAACUCCCAGAUGUUCAGCAACUGCCGGAUCCUCAGUAGUACAGCCAGCAAUGGUGGUGACUGUGGCAUCCCUAGCUCUUCUUCUGGGACCAGCAGUCGGGGGGCACCUUCCCAGAGAUGGUCUUACAUCCCAUACCGGGAUUCUGUGUUGACCUGGCUACUGAAGGACAGCCUUGGAGGCAACUCCAAAACCAUCAUGGUUGCCACUGUGUCUCCUGCACAUACUAGCUACAAUGAGACCAUAAGCACGCUGAGAUAUGCAUCCAAUGCUAAAAGCAUCAUCAACAAGCCACGGGUAAAUGAGGAUGCAAAUGUGAAGCUCAUCAGAGAACUCAAGGAAGAGAUCAAGAGACUGAAAGCCAUGCUGUUGAGCUUUGAGCUGAGGAACAUCAUUUCUUUGAACAAUGAAAAGGAUGAAAAUCUGAAGGAACUAGUUCUCCAAAAUGAAUUGCAGAUGGACAAGCUAAUUAAGGAGUGGACUCAGAAGUGGGAUGACUGGCAAACCCUCAUGGAACAUUACAAUGUGGACAUCAGCAAGAAGAGGGCCGGGGUGCUCAUUGAUUCCAGCCUGCCACACCUGUUGGCCUUGGAGGAUGAUGUGCUCAGUACCGGCGUGGUGCUCUAUCACCUGAAGGAAGGGACAACAAAAAUUGGAAGGAUUGACUCAGACCAGGAGCAGGACAUUGUCCUGCAGGGUCAGUGGAUUGAGAGAGACCACUGCACAAUCACCAGCGCCUGUGGGGUAGUCAUUCUUCGGCCUACUCAGGGAGCACGCUGCACAGUCAAUGGCAGAGAGGUCACUGCCGCCUGCCGUCUGACCCAAGGAGCUGUGAUCACGCUGGGGAAAGCGCACAAGUUCCGGUUCAGUCACCCAGCAGAGGCCGCUGUCCUGCGCCAGCGAAGGCAGGUUGGAGAAGCUGUUGGCAACAGUGGCUCUUUGGAAUGGCUGGACUUAGAUGGAGAUGUCACUGCUUCCCGGCUGGGUCUCUGCCCUGUGCUUUGGAAGGAAAGAAAACUGCUGGGAGAGCCACGUGACAGGAAGCACCAGUCACCAAGGGAUGGGGAGAUUCAGCAACAGCAGUGCUAUGUGGAGGAUUUAAGGCAAGAAAUCUUAGCAGGACAGAUCAGAGCUGAGAAGGAACUGGAAUCCAGCCGCGCUUGUGUCCACCAACAGACCAAAGGCAACCAGCAGUGGCUGCUCAGACAAGAGCCCUGGCUGGCCAGCUUACAGGAGCAGCAGGCGGACCGUGGAGCAGGGGAAGAACUUGAGGUUUCAGUGGCACCUGAUGCCUGGAUUCAGACAGGUCUUGAGACUCCACCAACCCCACUGGUCCGAAACCAGAAGAGGGUGGUGCGGCUGCAGUUUCUGCGGAGACACGCUCUUCGGGUAGCGGAGCGGAGCAUCCGGAGAAGAAAGGUUUCAUUCCACCUGGGGAGAAUCAUUAAGAACCAGAGGCUACAGGAGGCCCAGAGGAGACUGGAACUGAUCAGCACACCGUGCUGGCCUCAGGAUGACAGCACCUGGAAGUCCCCAUGCCAGAUACCUCUAGUCCCAGUGCCUCGGCAUAGAAGCAGAUGGGCAAGCUGCUGUUCUUUGGGUGUCCAAAAGUUCUGCAGCCAGCACUUGUCCCAGCUAUACAGUAUUUUCCUGAAUUGGGAUCCCCCUACCACAUUACUGCUGAUGCCUAACCCUACUCACCAGAAACCAGACAAAGCCCCACCUGCAGAUCCAGUUCACCAGGCUCCUCCUUUUCCACUAAGGAUAAGACAUCUGUGCAGGCGCAACCCCCAUCCCACAGGCCAGGAGCAGCUCUGCUGGGCCAAGGGAACUUCAGGCACCAAGGGAGCCUCCACCCCAGACCCCUGCCUCACUGUGAGCAGCCACGAGGCUAUGGACAUCCAGGAAGUGGAGAGAGUAGGUAAACAGCCCUGUCAGAUGGCAUCCCUGGGCUUCAUGUCUGUGUGCCAGUCAGUUAACGAGCUAAAGCCAAAGGAUAGACUGAAGACCUUGACCCCUGUCAUCCAGACCAGGAGUGCUAAGCGACUAGCAGCCUCUGUCAGCCCACAAGCUGAGUGGCAAAAAGACUGGGACCUUGGGACCCACAAGCCUGCUAAGGGAGCCAUUUGCUGUCCCCUUUAUUCCCAUGGACCCAAGCAGGCAGCUGGGCAUGGAAAAGGAACCAAGACAUUUCAGGCCAAAGCCAAACCAACUUUUCCAAACAAGACAACAAAAAGGCAACAGAAAGUGCUGGCAGCUAGGGUCAGAGACAUCGCCAGACAGUCCUUUCAUUUGCCUCAUGGUAAUCCUUUGAGGAGACAACCUAACUCAGGAAAUCCAGAUAGCAUGACUGCACUCCCAGAUUCCAGCCCUGUAGUGGAUCACACAAGAGAAGAAAAUGAUUUAUCUGACGCAGAUAGCAAUUACUCAGUGGAUUCUCUCUCUUGCGUCUGUGCUGAAGUCCAAAGAGAGCCCCCGAAGUCAGAGGACCCUCAGGGGAAGUGGAGUCUCCCUGAACCAGAGAACUCUGAAAGUGACAACAGUCAGAUAUCUGAGGAUUCACUGGCUGAAAAUGGGUACCAAUGCCCAAAUGAAUUUCUUAGGGACAAUCACCCCACCAACCAUGGCCACCCAAGGACUAGAACUACAGCCUCCUUGCGAGGCUUCUGCACACCUUUGGACUGUGGUCCAUGUGCUCAGGCUCACAGAGGCUUUUCCUUGGAUAGCCUGAUCCGUGCUGAGCAAGAACUGAGGGAAGACCAACAAGAAGAACCUUGCCUUGGUUCAGUUGAUGAGAUGCCUGCAGAGACCUUUUGGCAUCUACCCAACUCAGCUUUUCCUGUAGGAGACCAGGAGGCAGCAUCCAGGCCUGGUCUCAUCGAUCACAGAAUAGAAGCUAAGCUGAAUGCUGUCCUGCCAAUGAGCAGUUCAUGUUACCUUGAUCCUCAUUUCCAGCCCCGUUGUGAGUGCCUUAAAUCAGAGGUGGAGGCAGGCUACUUUGAACAAGCUGGCUCUUCCCAGUGCACACAGCUUCUAAGAGGGAGCCCGCUAGUGUCCACGGACUCGUGGUUUUCCUGUGACUCUAAGAUCAAUUCUGGCAGCCCCCCAGGAGUAGUGAGUUCCUUAUGUGCAAGUCCUGACAUCCAGGAAGCUCAGCCCUGUGCUGAGGAGAAAACUGGCUACAGGCUAACUACUGAAGAACAAAAGCCUUCAGGUGCAGACAAAGCUCUGCCAGGCAGCUCCAGACUGCUCCAGGGAGGUCCUGAGCCGCCAUGUGGUGCAAGAGAUCCAUACCCAGCCUCUACUUCAGACCCACCCAAGCUGCCAGCGUGGGAAGCUCAAAGGCUUCAUCCAGGCAUCUUUGAGGGUAGAGAAAUUCCUGUCAUAACCCAACAGGGCGGUUCUGAAGCUUCCCACAGUUCUAGUGUAUCAAGCAUGUUGGCUUCCUCUGCCACCUCAUUCAUCCAUGUAGAGAGCCUUCCCGAAAGAGACUGGGAUUCCCUUCAGCAAAAGUACCUCCUUGAACUCUCUCAUCCUGUUUCAGAUGCUGUAGGAGAGCUCAAGCAAGCUUUGUUCUGCCCCAAGGAAGAUUCUGGCUCCCUGGCUGAAGCUUCUGGUAAAAAAGGAGAUACUGGAGUGCCAGUUGGCUCUGGGAUAUCUAGCAAUCUAAAUGUCAACAACUUCCUAGUGCAUCUGUCUAGAACCACGCAUUUGAGAACAGAGAAAGACCAGGUCAGUUCAAGUACAAAGUUAGAAAGUGCUUCUGAUUUCCUCAGCACUAGUGACAAAGAAGUGAGUUGUCAUGGAGCAUACUCAGCAGAUGUGGAAUCACUGACAUCUGCUUCUGCACAUGUACAGGUCCAAACAGCCAAGAGCAAGGUACCACAUUCUGUGACAGGUGCACAUGAGGGCGGACAGAACAAUUUGGAAGAGGGCUUCCAUGGUAGCCGGAAACGUGUACUACUGACUUCCUCUGAUGAGUAUUUCUUUCAAAACCGAGUUUGUCGCAGUAAUGGCACUGUAGCUACCAAAGCAGAGGAUUGGCUCCCAGACCAGGCUCUUUUCAGGAAGAAGAGUGACAGCCAGGCGGGACCAUUAAGUCAAAGCAGCCAUCCUCCUCCCCUAAGGGAGGAGAAGAACCAUUGCCAAGAGAGUGCUGACAAAGCAGGUAGAAGGCACAAAAACAUUUCCUUUACAUCUCCAUCAGUUCCAGAGCUCCACCUCCACUCUGCUCCCUGGAACCCUUUUCCCACUUCCCUGCAUCCACCCCCCUUGGAAACAUUCUAUACAACCAAGAGCAGAGAUGCCCUGACGGAAACUGCCCUAGAAAUUCCAGCCUACAGGGAAGUCCGGGGGCCAUCCCCGUCGCCUAGAGAAGCCUGGGGCUUUCAUCCCAGCCACCAAGACCUCCAAGAACCUCAUUUGGAGAAUAGUUUGCCAAUGUCAUCCCAAAGCCACGAUCUCAAGAUGGCUUCAUUUCACCAGGUAACAACAGACAGGUCAGUUGAUCUGUGUGCUAGGGAAGUGAUUGGAAAACUAGAGGAAUGCCUUGGAAAUAUUGAAGAAAGCCACAGUUCUGUUUAUUGUUUUUUCGCUCAUAACAGACACUGUGUCCCUUCUACGAGCACACAAGUAUGUGAAUUUGAAAGUCAAGUUGGAAUUUUAAAUAUAGAGCAGCAUGGAGAGAGAGAAAAGGCUCCUGUGCAGAGCCUCUGCAGUGCUUCCCUAGACAGCUCUGAGUCUGUUAGUGCUCAAGUCUGUUGGUGCCCUUCUGAGGCAGAAGGGGAAGAAGAUCCGGGUCCAAGUGUGGUUGUCCUGCAGGCCCAGCCCCGUGAAAAAGGCAGACAGUCUCUUUCUGGACUCAGGUCUGGUUUUGUCUGUGAAACCACUGAUUUGGGCCUAGAGAAGGACAUUCCCCUGACAGCCUCUGCUGCUUUAAUGUCCAGAUCGGGCCAGCAUAGAAUGAAAAAGACUAUGUCCCAGGGUAACAGUCCAGCCCACACAUGGGAAGGAAAGAAUGAAACAGGACUUGUUGGAAAAGCUCUCUAUCCCAAAGACAGCCCAGAAGAGUGUAAGCUUCCAGGGCUGGAAUCUGCCUGUGAAGGAGUACGGUCUGUUAAAUGCUCUAAGAAAAGACAUCCCGGUGGAUGCAAGGGCCCCAGAAAGUCACAAGUAAUGGUUGGCAUCAAAGGAGAACCUUGUGAAAAGAAACACACACAAAAUACUACGAGUGCUGAUGAAAUGGAUAAGCUAAUUAGGAGUGUAAGGCAACUGGAAAACAGCAUCUCAGAAAUUGAAUCCCAGCAAAAUAAUCGGCUUCAUGCUUCCCAUACACCAGGAGUCAGUAAGGAGUCAAUGUUCCAGGACCAGAACCACAGGAGGACUGGCCAUCCCCUGAGGCCAGGCAGCUCAGCAAUCCAUCUAUCCUACAAAGAGCCAUCUGUUCCAAGACAGAUUGAUGAUGCGAUCUUCAGAUAUAGCAAAGCUGGGGGAGUAGAGGUAUACAGUUGCCACAGGGUCACCACGAGCCCCUUCAGGUCAAGUGAGCAUGCACAAGACUGUCAGAGUGUGGGAGCGCACACUCACACAGCUGAUGUAGCGUUAGACAGAGUCUCCAGAGGCACAUGUAAUCCUUCAGGAAGAGGCACAGCUCAAGGAGAGAGCACCAAUACUACUCUUCACCUGGGGAGAAUGAAAAAAUUGGCGAGAGCUUUGCCAACCAGACUAGAGGGGUCUGGGAAGGACAUCGAGCUGGGAGGAGAAUCAGCAAACUCCAAAGAACAGACGUGGGACUUGGAAAGUUUUGAGGAACUAGAGACUGUAAAAGGUUUUCAGAUGAAUCAAAUUGCUGAAUGUUCUAGUGGUUCAGAGCCAGAGGACCCAGUAGUUCAAGGUAGACUUGAACAAAUGGCCAGGAAAAGUAGAAGGUGCCCACUGAAAGAAAAUAUAGACCUAAUAAAGACUCAGAAACUUCUUAAUCCAAGCCAGCACUGUUUGGAUACAGUUUCCAGCCAGGAGACUGCCUUUCCCUUACUGACCCAGACAGACUUUUCCGCAACUACUUACUGCCAAGACCUGAGGAAUAAUUCCUUGCCCUUGGGUUCUCCCAGGUUGCCCAGAAACCAUCUUCAUGCUUCUGAUUCUCUAAAUAUGUCUUCAGUUGAGACACUGCUGGAUCCUACAAUGCUGAAGAUUCAUGAAAGUCCCUUGGGAACCAGAGUAGGGCAUCAGGACCAGAGUGGAGGGACCGGGAGUCCCGAGGGAAGUGUUUCAGGGGGCUUCUCCAUGCCACCCACUGCUUGGUAUGGGUCUGAGAUGCCCACACCCAUGGAAUCUGAUGGCCAGUCCGUUAUAUCGGACAGCAGCAUUCCACUAGGGACAGAGGACUGGAUGACAUCAAGCACCAGCUCCCACGACCAAGGGAGGGACCUCAGAAUCGCUUUGAUGGCUUUGAGUACCCAGGAAGAUUUGGGGUCUGAAACUGAGGCAGCUAUACCAAAAAAAAGGUCCAGUUCCUUGAACAGAAUUUCUGGGCGGCUUGAAAAGAGGGUCAGCUUCCUCUUAGAAGAGGACACUGACCAAAGUGGGGAGACAAGGGAGAAGACAGAGGAGGCUGAAGACCCAGGCCCCGCCAGCAGCACCUCCUUAGAACCUAUUUCCCUGCCACAAGAGCCUGAGGCAGAGCCCAUGCUGUCAGACUCCUCCGUCCAUGCGUCCAUGUGCCUGGCCAUCCUGAAGGAGAUCAGACAGGUUACCACCCAGAGAAAGCAGCUCGGAGACUUUGCCAUGUUGGGGACAGUCCUCCCUCACUAUGAAAUGUCACUAGAGCCUGAAAGUUCUUUAGGCACCACUGAAAUAUGCUGGCAAAUGGACCCGUUACAAGUGUUAGAUAGGACCCAGAAUGAGGACGAAGCACAGGGAUUGUCUGCUACACCAGGUCAUCUGUCACCUGAUGAGCCGGAAGUGCAGGCCACCCUUCUUUGUGAAGAUGACUUUCAGCCUCGGUCCGAUUCUGAAAUGAACGAAGGGCCAAGGCAUCAUUCAAGGGCUUCAUCUCCCAGAGCCACUAGCGACAAAGGCCAUGCUGGAGAACUGAGAUACGUCCUGGAAGCCAGUGAGCAGUUUGUAUGUCACUCUAGCUCUGAAACCACAGGGAUGGAGGAAGAAGCACCCAGAGCCCCUUCCUCUGCUGAUCCCUGGGUCUCCCACAGGCUCUCCUCGGACAUGGAGCGGGACAGGAGGGUGUCCUCUCAGGCCCCUUGUUGUGAUCCUGGGAGGGCUCCACAGAGGCAAAGCCACUUAGCUGCCUGGGAGACUGAAGAUGGCACUUUCUCUGGCAGGUGGGACAACAGGCCUGGGCUGCGAGAGCCAAAGCGGCCAGAAUCGCCAUAUGGAAGUGGCUCUAGCAGCUUCUUCGUGGCCGCACAGGGAGGCAAAAGAGCCCAUGUUGAAAGGCAACCUAUGGUAUGUGAUUUUCACAGUGCCACCAGCCUCCCGGGGCCUCGUGCUGAUGCCAUCCAAUGCCCUGAGGCCUCCUCCACUGACUUAGAAGAAGCGAUGACAAGUGCAAAACACCCUGCAGUUCUGGCUGGAGCGCUGAGAAAGGUCAGCAUGGGAGCCCCCAAGCAGCAACACGUGAAGUGGAAGGAGAAGACGGAGUCUAUGCUGCCAGAAGCCUGCAGGGCUGGCGGCAAAGCUUUCAGGCCAACUUUACCAAAUCAGAGACCUAGACCAGAUCCUAGGGGUGUUGGAGAGGAGCCCCCAUGUGCAUGCCAAACUGAGACUUUAGCCAGCUUUGUCUUAGAAAGCCCUGAAGACAGUGGGCCACUUGGCUUAUCUCGGAAGGAAGAGGAGAGCAAAGCUUUUCCUUGUCAACCCCUGGGUAGUGCUCUUAUUGCUGGGAAUGUCUGUACCUUCCAUUCUUCCCCUCCACUGUGUGCUAGAGAUGGUGACCCAAGGAAGGGGAUUGCCAGGGCUCACCAUUCAUCCUUCAUAGAACCUUCCAGGUUCUGUGAAAUGGAUGAGGGAGAAGGCUCUUCCACAGAACCCGACAUGCCCCUGGCACAUAGCCUUGAGCUUAAAGAAAGAAAUGUGGGCCUCAGGCCAAGAGACAGCAGCCCUCUUGAGCCAAGCACCACAGCUGCUGGCCUGUCUCGCACUCAGGGCUGUAGCUCUUCAUUCACCCCUGGCACCAGAGCAAGUUCCUUCACUCCCUCCACGGCUGAUGGCAGCUCAGGGCUGGUAGGGGAUCCUGAGAAGAAAGGCAGCACUGAGCUUGAGGGCUCAUACUUGGAGGCACCGAGGACUCUGACGGAGAGUUCCAUAGGUGACCAGCAUGGACAGGCAGCUGACAUGGAGCCAGAGCCACCUGUAACAGCCUGGGGCCUACACAGCCCGAAUGGAAGCAAAGGGUUCACUGUGAGUGAGUUGGCGGUAGAAGAACAGCAUAGACAGCUAGAAAACACCAUCAGAUCCCUUUUAGAGAAGACACAGCCCAAGUCCUUGGAUCCCCAAGCCAAGUGUGUAAGGUUAAAACACGUGUGCAGUCCUCAGGCCGACUGUGCCUGGGAGGAAGAAGAGCAGCAGAGAGAUGAACCUUCUGGAGAGAAAGACUCUGCCCGGCACAGAAAUCCCCCACCCUCGGAUGGAGAUGGCUUGCACUACUGUCAGAAUAGACACGCUAGGAAAGCUGAGGCGGCUAUGACAAACUCUCCCGUGUUCCAGAGUUUCUUCUCAGGUUUUGAGGACACAGCUUCUGGACCCCUGGAGCAAAGUGAAGUGCCACAGCCCGCUGCCUGGAGGCCUGGCCAGCCCUGUUCUGAUAGGAAGCAGCCAGCCCCCCAUCACAGGCACUCACAUCCUAUAAUUGCAGUCUUCUCUGGUCCCCAACACUUCAAGUCCUCCUCUAGACCCCGGUUCUCUGUGAUUAACUCAUCUCGGUCCCUUCAGGAGCUAAUGAGCAAGGCCUGUCCUUGCCCUAGAGAGGGGGACCUGCAGAGCCUGUGUCCCAGCCACCGUUCCUCAAGAAAGCCAAUGGCAAGAGCCGCUCUGCGGGCUGAGGACAGCAAUCAGAUGGUCUUAUCUAACUUCUACAGUAGCUCUGCUGAUCAUGGGGCCCAGAAACCUGUCACCCCUCCUUAUCCCACACUCCCCACGUGCUCAUGCAUGCCAGCCCCCAGUUUUGUGAGCAGUUGCAUGUAUAGCUCUUGGGAACAGGCUCCACAGGGAAAGCCAGAGACACUGGGUGUCCAGGUCAGGCCAGAGAACUGCUUUUCUCCAGUGGACAAAGGGAUGUUAACCCUUGACUCCAGUGACAGCACUCCUUCCAUCCCGCCUCUGUCUCCAGACGGGUCUGUGUGCAUCGGUUGGAAGCAGUAUGUAUUUGGCAGUACAGCUGAUCUCCUUUUCAGUCAGAAACCAUCGAAUGUGGCCCACGGCACUGGCAUGGACAGUGGCUUAGAAGAUCAGAAUUCUCCACUCAAGUCUCAGGUCGGUGCCCAUGCCAGAACCCUGUCAAGAACACACAGGAGCACAGAGCAUGCCCAAAGCUGUGUUGAGGCUGGGAAAGUACUGAAUCCCUCAUUGGCCUUGAGGGAUCCCUAUGUGCUCACUGGUACUGGUGUGGCCCCCACUUUAGAUACCAAUAGAAGACUCCAGUUCCAGGGCUCUAGUGAUGGGGCAAGCUGUCUUCGGAGUGAGCCCCUAUUGGCUGAGGAGAACGCUGCCACUCCAGUGGACAGGGCUGGGCUGCUGGGCAGGGCAGAGGCCCACCCCGGGGGGCUGGCCAGGAGGAACACCUUGGAGCAAGGCACGCAGACCCCUGGCUGCAGGCGCCGCUGGAGCUGCACCGACAUCUCCACGCAGCCUGACAGCGACAGACGGCCAGCCUGCGACCUGGCCUCCUGGAGCAGCAUGCACAGCCUGUCUCUCCGCCUGUCUCAGCUCCUGCACAACACCUCGCAGCUGCUUGGAAGCCUCUCCCAGCCAAAUGUGGCCUCAAGGAAGCAGACCACCAAUGUUUCCGCUCCAGAGGAGGCCCUGCCUGUCCUCAAGAUGGAGGGAGCUACUCAGACUACCUUGGAUAAAGGCACCCAGACCGAUCUCAUCUCCCCAUUCCCUCCCGCCCCCGCCCCAGGGACCAAGCCUCCAGAAGUGAAUGUGAGCCUUGAAGUGCUAGCCUCCGGCAUCAAAACCACAUCUCUAGGAAAGGGAGAUACCCCAGUGGCACUCGAGAAGAGAGAAGCCGAGGAAACACCACCAAAAAUGGCAGCAUCCCCAGAGGUUCAUGAAGGAAGGUGUCAGAGCCCGCCAACACCUCUGUCUCCACUGAGGCUUCAGAAAGUGUCUCUUGAGCAGAGCCUCCCUUCUGUGAGCCCCCUAGCUUCUGAAGCUGCUCCACCUCCUGCCCCCCAGCCAGGAUGCCCUGGCAUGGAUAACAGCCCCCACAUUCCUUGCCCCCUAAGGCUUGUCCCCAGUACUCCAGACUUCCCCCUGGAGCUUGGUGUCCAGAAGCAGCCGGGCCCGGCGAGUGCCACGGUGGACAGGGCCUCCUCGCCAAUCCUUAUUCUCAGCGCAAGCUGCCAAGAGUCAGACCCCGCUCAGCCCCCCUCCACCCCACCUCCUGGAGGCCACCUGGGGCCUUCCACUAGCCCACAGCUGGGGCCCAGUGCCUCAAGGCCGCCAGGGGAUGAGGGUCCAGAUGGGUUGGAUGGCUCCCUGAGUAUCGAAGCUCAGAGUCAAGGCCAAAAACACUCAGAAAGGAGUACUGACAGCUUCCUCCUCGAGCCAAGCUCCCCGCGCAGCCCACGGCGGCGCUCCAGAGUCCAAGCUGCUGGGCAGCCACAGCCAGUGACUGCCACCAGGGCGCAGUGCAGACAGCCCCCUUCCGUGAACAGCACCGGGGCGCAGUGCAGACAGCCGUCUCCCACUCCCGGGGCACAGUGCAGACAGCCGUCUCCCACUCCUGGGGCACAGUGCAGACAGCCGUCUCCCACUCCCGAGGCGCAGUGUAGACAGCCGCCUCCCGUGAACAGCACAGGAGCACAGUGCAGACAGCCAUCUCCCACAACCAGCACUGAGGCGCAGUGCAGACAGCCGCCUCCCGUGACCAGCACUGGGGCGCAGUGCAGACAGCCGCCUCCGGUGACCAGCACCGGGAUGCAGUGUAGACAGCCGCCUCCUGUGACCAGCACUGAGGCGCAGUGCCGACAGCCCCCUCCUGCAACCAGCACCGGGGCGCAGUGCAGACAGCCGCCUCCCGUGACCAGCACCGGGGCGCAGUGCAGACAGCCGUCUCCCACAACCAGCACCGGGGCGCAGUGCAGACAGCCGUCUCCCACAACCAGCACCGGGGCGCAGUGCAGACAGCCGUCUCCCACAACCAGCACCGGGACGCAGUGCAGACAGCCGUCUCCCACAACCAGCACCGGGGCGCAGUGCAGACAGCCGUCUCCCACAACCAGCACCGGGGCACAGUGCAGACAGCCCCCUCCCGCGACCAGCACCGGGGCACAGUGCAGACAGCCAUCUCUACCCCCAAGGAGCCAGAGGCUACUGGGAAACUUGGCUUACCCAGAGCCAGGCGCACUGAACCUUGGGGGGCCGGGCAGGCCUCCAGCAGAGCCCCACCCCAUGGUGGACCUCUCCUCUCCAUGGAGGGAGCUGCAGCCCCUCCCUUGGUCCGCUGACACUGCAGAGUCUCGAGGUCCUGCCUCGGGCUCACCUCAUGCCUGCAGACCCCAGAAGCUGCUGCGCUCCAUUUCCCACAUGUGCCUGGUCUCUGAGCGCCAGCAUCAUAGCCAGAGGGACAGGUAUGGGGUUCAGGAUGACUCUUCUGGGGGGCUGGGUAUGAGUGAGAAGCUGAGGACCUGCUCAAGACAGAAGAGACGGAGGCCUCCACAACUUCCCUGUGACCAGAGCCACAACGCUGAGUGGUCCCAGGCGAAACCGAUUCCCCUGCAAACGGGGGUCCACAAGCCCUCACUGAGCAUGGAGCUCAUGGAAGCGAAGUUGCAUCACGGCUUCGGGGAGGUGGAUGCCCUGCUGCAGGUGCUGCAGAACGGGACUGGGGAGGCACUAGCCCCGGAGCCCCCGGCGGGCAGCUGGGAGGAGCUGUACACUCGGCAGAGAAAAGCCAUCGAGACCCUCAGGAGAGAAAGGGCUGAGCGACUUCAGCACUUCUAUCAGACACAAAACCUCUGCCCCAAGAAACAACUGAAUCUCCAGCUCACCCACGAUCCCCCCACGUGGGAGCCUGACUUGCCCAGCAGGCGCCGGGAAUACCUGCAGCAACUGAGGAAGGAGGUUGUGGAGACCACCAGGAGCCCAGAGGAAGCAUCCAGGUCUGCUGAGCAAACCUGUGACAUUGAGCUCAUGCUGAGAGACUAUCAGCGGGCCCGAGAGGAGGCCAAGCUGGAGAUUGCCCGGGCGCGGGACCAGCUGUGGGAGCGGACUGAACAAGAGAAGCUGGGGAUCCGCCAGAAGAUCAUUUCCCAGCUGCUGAAGGAAGAGGAAAAACUCCACACACUGGUCAACUCCAGCCCCCAGAGCACCAGCUCCAAUGGAAGCCUCUCCUCAGGCAUCACCUCCGGAUACAACAGCAGUUCUGCUUUCUCAGGCCAGCCCCAGUCCCCGGAGGCGAUGGGGGACACAGACUUGUCUGAUUCCAGAGACACCUGGCUAGGAGAAGGGCAGUGCCGUCCAGCAGUGAGGAACAGUCACCUGGAUGUGGCAGGGUCUGCCUGGAAGAGCUCAGUCUACAGCCGCAGAGCCUCCCUGGGCAGCUGCUACUCCCAAUCCAGCAUCUCCAGCUUGGUCAACUGCUUCUCCGCCUCCUCCUAUCAGGAGUUGGCCAAGCAUAUCGUGGACAUGACAAUGGCUGAUGUAAUGGCUGCUUGUUCAGACAAUCUUCACAACCUCUUCAGCUGCCAGGCAACAGCUGGAUGGAACUAUCAGGGUGAGGAGCAGGAGGUGCAGGUUUACUACAAAGAGUUUUCUUCUACUCGGCAUGGCUUCCUGGGGGCAGGUGUGGUGUCCCAGCCGCUGCCUCAUGUGUGGGCAGCUGUGAGUGACCCCACCCUGUGGCCCCUGUAUCACAAGCCCAUCCACACAGCAAGGCUGCAUCAGCGGGUGACCAACAGCAUCAGUCUGGUGUACUUGGUGUGCGACACUACACUGUGUGCAUUGAAGCAGCCACGGGAUUUCUGUUGCGUCUGCGUGGAAGCCAAAGAGGGGCACCUUUCUAUCAUGGCAGCUCAGUCUGUGUAUGACACAUCCAUGCCGAGACCCAGUAGAAGAAUGGUCCGAGGGGAGGUCCUGCCCAGUGCCUGGAUCCUGCAGCCUGUCAGCGUGGAAGGAAAAGAAAUAACCAGAGUCAUCUUCUUGGCCCAGGUAGAGCUGGGUGCACCAGGCUUCCCCCCUCACCUCCUGAGCUCCUUUAUCAAACAGCAGCCGCUGGUUGUAGCCAAGCUGGCUUCCUUCCUUGGUAGCUAGCACUGUGCAAUCGAGAAAGUGCUGCUGAGAUGCCAGCCCAGGAUGCCCCAGAGAUGCUGCGGCCACUCCUUGGAGUUUGCGCUGAGGCCAGAAGAGCCCAGGCUUACCUGCGGUGGCUGGUGACAACCAGUCUGGCCCAGGGCCGCCAGCAAAUCCCGUCAGUUCUGACCACCUUGCAGAGCCAGCAGCCUGAGCUCCAGACCUGGCUGUCCAGAGUGAAUGAAGCGCCACACACCUUCUGGAUUUCUCACCUUUAUUUCCCAUCUGUGAGACUGUGGCACAUGACCUGUUCAAGGACAGAAUGAGGUGGGGACUGCAGUGCUGCUUUGGCAAAGUGCCUCCCUGGCAAGCAAGCACUGGCCAAGACUUCUCUGGAUCUUCCACUAGCAUCCAGCUCCACUUUGUGAUGGAGUGGCAGAAAGGACAAAACUGGAAAAAGCGUUUAAAAAAAAAAAA